AUGGUGACGGAGAAGGCGCGCCCCUCCAACGAGAGUGACCGUCUGUACACCUCGUCGUCGCCCGCCCUCGCAUGGAUUGCGUCGCAUUCUCGCUCGAGCUCGGCAGGUCCAAGCCCGGUGCCGAACCUGUCGCCGGGUCUUGGCUCCAUCGAGGCAUCGUCUCGCGCGCCAUUUACUGCUCCUGGUGCGCGAGCGUCGUUAGGACUCGGUCUUGAUAUUGGCGCAGAUAUGAGCCGACCGCUGCCGAGUCUUCCGAGCGAGGAGCACCUACAGGACCGGGGUCCAGUGAGCGCCACGCGGCCCGUGGCGCCUGCGGAGCAGGCGCCCGUGCCGAGCACCGCCAUCAGCCCUGGCCCGUGGGACCUGAGUGACUCACUCGCGCAGAUCAAUGCGCCGCACACGCGCCGCCCAGCGGUGCCACCUAUCCCCGUGUACGGCUACACGGGCCUGGCGUGGGAGUACCAGCUUGACAUGGAGGUCGCGACAGCCUACGUGAUCCGCACGAUUGAGCGAAUACGCGCCCUGGGCGUCGACGCGCCGCUGCUGCUCAGCAGCAUGGCCGUCGACCUAUCGUCGUCGGGCUCGAUGCGGCUCAUACGCACGGUUGUGGACUCGCUCCAUGCGCCGAGCACCGAGGCAGACCGCGCGCUGGACCAAGAGCUGCAGUUCGCGAACGUGUACAGUCUGGUGGCCCUGCUCAAGUGGGUGCUCGCGCGUGUCGGCCGCGUUGUUGCAGAGCGAGCGCCUGGCCAGUCGGACCAGCCGCUGGUGCUGGUGCAGGAGCGCGGGUUCAUGCCGUGGUCCUCGUACAUGAGCUGGCGCGCACAAGAGCGGCAGCAGGGUCACCCGACCUCUGCGUAUCUGACACUGACGCAAAUGCUCGAGACGCGUGUGGCGCGCCUUCUGGACGUGCUGAUGGACUUUUUCGCGCUGGUCGCGACCUACAGCAGCCAGAACCAAAUGACGCCCAGCCGCAUCGGUCGCCACAUGGGCGUGCUGCUCUUCGGGCUGCCAGAGGAUGCCUCAUUCGCGGAUACGUAUGCAAUGUACGUACAGGCGUCGAACGCCGCAGAGCACAUACUCGUGGCCUUUAUGCGGUACCAUGUGUCGGUUGCGACGCAGUCGACCUAUCUGCCGCGCCGCCUACUGCGCCUGGUUGACGAUUACCCCCGCAUGCUCUCGCCGGACCUAGACGCCUCGUCCGCAGCGGUGCGCACCGUGCCGGCCACCUACAUGGCACGGCAUGUGCAACAGUACUCCAAGGACCUGCUGCAGCGCUCCGCGUGGCCCGCCGCGUUGGCGAGCAUGGAUUUGGGCCCCGAGACGCGCAAGCAGCUGAACCUGGUGCCGGGCCACGUUCCGCGCCCCGGCUCGUCGCUGCAGGCGCCGGACGUGGCGAAUGAGACGGCCGACGGACUCGGCUCACCGUCCAUGCAGCGGUGGCACGAGUUUGCUUUCGAGGGCUUCGACGAUCUCGACACGUCAGCGCUCGAGUUUGACCUGCGUGAGAGUGAUCGCCGGCAGCGCAUGCAGCGUGUCGAGAGCAUGCACUGGUUCCAGUUCGAGGAGCGCGGCUUCCACCAAGGCGCUGACGACAACUCGCGCUGGGACUGGGUUAUGCGCCUCGACGAGCCACUGCAAGACCGCAGCGACAUGGCGCUGCAGCGCAGCGAGUCAGCCGCGCUCGGUGAGUCGGCUCCGCCGUUCCCCUACCGCUCCGAUCCGCACGUGGCUGACACAGUGAUUGAUGAGCUGUUCCCCGAGGUGUGGGCCGACUACCUCGUGGGUAAUGGCUGGAGCAACCGCGACGAGCGCGUGCACAGGGAAGCGUCGUUCGCCGUGCUACAGAUGCGCACGACAAGCACGCCGGACAGCCGUGCGUCGACCAGGAUUUCGACCUGGUUCGUGCUGGAGGAGGUCGUACCUUCCUCGUACCGGGAUGCGCUGAGCACAUCCCUCUGCCCCGUUCGUCGCUCGCGGCCCAUGUUGCGCAAGCUCAAUCAGUUCCGCAUGGUACGUGCCGGUCAGGCGCCCGAGUCGAUUGUGGCGGUCUUGUAUCGUUUCCCGCCUGAUGCAAACGCUGCGGCCCCGGCCGCGGAGCCGGAGGUGCCUAAGCCCAGCGAGCCAUCGCAGACGUAUACGGUUCCUGCGCAGGGCCCACGUCCUGCCCCGCCCAAACAUGCGACGGUAUUGCCUGCGCGCACGAUUCCUCCCAGAACCCCCGAGCCUUGGUCUGUAUCGUCCUCGAAUGACAGCGCGCGGCCGCGGCCGAUCCGCAAAUCGGUGCCGCUUGGACUCCAGGCUAAGGCAGCGGCAGCCAGUGCACAAGCGUCGCCUGUGGUGCCAGCGUCGGAGCAGGUGUCCGUGCCAGAGCCUGCUCCGGAACCGGUAACCGGCGCGCCGCCUCUCAACAAAAAGCGAUCAGUCCAGCGCAUCCUUUCGUCACUUGGCUCGCCCCAUGCCUCAGAGACUCCGCGACAAAAGCGGGUGCCCUUCUCGCCGCGCAUGCCCAGUGAGGCAGAGGGAGAGGCACCGGAACGUGUGCCCCGCAUCCUGUCAGGUAUACGCAAGCGCUCAUCACAGUGGCUCCUAAAGGGUAAACAGAGUCUGCGCUCGUUGCGCAGUGUGUCGGGUGACACAGAUGAGGCUGAGGCGGCAUCGCCGCGCCUGUUUGGCGGUCUAGGGCGAUUUGGGCACCGACAUGUAUCGCGUGAACAGCCCAUGAACCAAGAACCUGCUGAGCCUGAUGAGCCUGCCGAAUCUGUCCAGCCUGCUGAAUCUGCUAAACCUGUCGAAGCGGUCCAGCCUGUCAAACCCGUCGAGCCUGUCAAACCCGUCGAGCCUGUCAAGCCCGUCGAGCCUGUCAAACCCGUCGAGCCUGUCAAACCCGUCGAGCCUGUCAAACCCGUCGAGCCUGUCAAAUCCAACAAGCCUAUCGAGUCUGCCGGGCUUGUCAGGCCUGCUGAACCUGUCGAACCUGACCAGCCUGCCAAACCUGUCUACCCUGUUAAGCUUAUCAAGCCUGACCAGCCCGUAAGGCCUGGUCAGCUUGUAGGGCCUGGUCAGCCUGCUGAGCCUAGCAAGCCCGUCGGUCCUACCAGUCCUGUCCACCCUACCGGGCUUGUUCAGCCUGCUUCGCCUGGUCAGCCUGCUUCGCCUGGUCAGCCUGCUUCGCCUGGUCAGCCUGCUGAGCCUGGUCAGCCUGCUGAGCCUGGUCAGUCUGCUUCGUCUGUUGAGCCUACUUCGUCUGUUCAGCCUACUUCGUCUGUUCAGCCUGCUAGGCCUGGUCAGCCUGCUAGGCCUGGUCAGUCUGCUGAGCCUAGCAAGCCCGUCGGAUCUGCCAGUCCUGUCCACCCUACCGGGCUUGUUCAGCCUGCUUCGUCUGUUCAGUCUGAUUCGUCUGUUCAGCCCGCUAGGCCUGGUCAGCCUGCUAGGCCUGGUCAGCCUGCUAGGCCUGUCUGCUGA